AACAUGUGCAACUUCUUUCCUGUUUAGUACGUGACAUGAAGUACGUUACAUUGAGACAUUACCAUUAAAAGCACCGUUUAUUUGAAGCCAAGCGUUUACUCACCAUUUGACCAGGAGACGUUUGUGUGCGUGUUUGCUGACUAAGAAUGUCUGAGAAGGAAGGCGUGGAAAGAUACAGCCACAGCAGCCUGGUGCUUGUGGUCUACAUCAUCACCUUGCUGAUUGGCUUCCCCGCCAAUGUUGUGGCCUUUUACACCUUCAGCAAGAAGGUGAGGCAGAAAGCCAUGCCCGUCGACAUCCUGCUCCUCAACCUGACCAUCUCGGACCUCAUCUUCCUGCUCUUCUUGCCCUUCAAGAUCAAAGAGGUGGCGGACAACAUGAAAUGGAUCAUGCCCCACUUUCUGUGUCCAUUGACCAGCUUUGUCUUCUACACCACCAUCUACAACAGCACCUUCUUUCUGACCGCAAUCAGUGUCGAACGCUACCUGGGAGUGGCCUUUCCCAUCAAGUACAAACUAAAAAGACGGCCUUUGUACGCCACGGUGGCUAGCGUCCUCUUCUGGGCAAUCUCCAUGGCGCACAUUAGUAUUGUCUACAUCAUUCAAUAUUUUGACUAUUCCAACACCACCCGGACAGACCCUGUGAACCUGGACAUGUGUUAUGAGGAUUUCACCCCGGAGCAGCUGCAAGUCCUGAUACCUGUCCGUCUGGAGCUCUUCCUGGUUCUAUUCUGUGUACCUUUCUUUAUCUGCUGCUUCUGCUACAUCAACUUCAUCCGAAUCCUCUCUCAGCUGCCCAGCAUCAACCGCAAGAAGCGUCAGCGGGCCAUCGGCCUUUCUCUUGGGACCCUGCUGGUGUUUAUCGUCUGCUUCGCACCCUACAACUUGUCACACGUAGUGGGCUUUGUCAACUGGGAGAGUACCACUUGGCGGGUGGAAGCACUCUUGUCCAGUACCGUCAACGCCAGCCUGGACCCCAUCAUCUUUUACUUCUCCUCAGCGGCCCUCAGGUCUACCUUCCACCUCUUCAUGAAGAACCUGGUGGAGAGGAUGCAGCGGUUGUUCUUCUGCAAUAAGGUCCUCUACUGCCCCCUGUUGUUCUGCUCCAGAACUCAGAAGGACAGCACACCAAGCACCAAUGACAGCUCCUUAUAGUGUACGUGUCAAACUCAUACCACAGAGGACUGAAUGUCUGCGGGUUUUCGCUCCUCCCUUGUACUUGAAGGAUGAAUUAAGGUCACUAAUUAGUAAAUUGCUCCCCUCACCUGGUUGUCUAGGUCUUAAUUAAAAAUUUAAAAAUAAAACCUGCAGACACUAGCUCCUCCAUGGAAUGCGUUUGACACCCCUAUUAUAGUGUGUAGUCAAGCCAUAUGCUACACAUGCUAAAUGCUAGCCUGUUCGAUGUAUUUAUUGCACUUAGGUUCUUAUUGAAAAGACUGAGGACUUUGCUAUCUGUCUUUAUAAGUAGCCUAUACAUUAAUCAGUGCCAGUCGGUGCCAAUAAGGAUGAGGGAGGAUGCUACUUUUUUUAAUGAGCAUAGCCUUAUUUCUUUUACAGAAUAUUGGAUGACUGUCAUUCAUUUUCCAUUCCCCCAGCCCAAUGUAACAUCGAUAGUUUUGGGCUACUGUAUGAUAGUCAAAUUUGACCUAUACCCAUCAUGAGUUUGCAACAAACUAGCCUAUGAAUGAACAUCUACAAUGUAGGUGCAAAGGGUUGAGAGAAUUUUGAGUAACCAAGGUGAUUACUGCCUUGCACACUCUUGCUUGCAUCUAGCUGACCAAGGGUGUAAUCAUUAGUCCAACAUUUGCAAAUGAGAGUUUCUAUUGGACAAAUUCAGGUAUGUUUAUCCCCUUUUUGUUCCAUUUGCUUCUGUUUAAGAAACAUUUUUCAACAGAAUCGGCGGAAUGAAUACACCCCUGAUCAUACGAAAACAGUUCACUUUCAAAGCAGCCUUAUGUAGACAGCAUGAUCACGUUGCUAGUUGUUUAUAUAAUUCCUUGUUUAUAUAAUUCCUAUAGUUCCUGUUUAUAUAAUUCCCAACUAUCCAUGCUCUUUCCUCCUCUCACCUUUUUACCUUUGCUUGUGGACUUCAGUGCAUAGCACCUGUCUGUGACCAGGAAAAAAACCUUUCCAAGCCAAACCUUCAUAUCAUGACUACUAACCUAUUAUUACAUUAUUCAAACCAAAAGCUUACCUAGAUUUGGAAGAGUUCCAGUGUUGGAUAGUCAUAGCCAACUAGCUAACAUAGCAUCACUCUCUGUUUGAGCCAGGUGUUUGAGUAUGCUAAUCUAGCUAGCUUAAGUGAAAGUGAAGUUAAAAAAUAUGAACAAAUAUAGCUAGCUAGUUCUCUCUCUCUUGCUUCUCUUUAAUAUUUGAAUAAAUACAUAUUUUCAAAACUGUU